AUGUCUUCAGAUCACUCACCUUCUUCAUCUCAAGUCUUCCAAGAACAUUCCAUCAACAGCUUCCUCUCAAGAAAACUGCUUCAACAACUUCCUUUCCAACACAACAUUCAACAACAACAAGCUCAAGGACCUGACAAGAACAACUUGAGCGGCAACAUUCUCCUGCUUCUCUCCAUCCUUGUCUGCGGUAUCAUCUGCUCACUAGGGUUGCAUUACAUAAUCCGUUGCGCAUUUAGACGUUCCUCUAGUUUCAUGAUCUCUGAACCCAUCUCAAGCCCGUCCACACCACGAGGCUCAGCAGCAAACAAAGGCAUCAAGAAGAAAGCUCUCAAGAUGUUCCCGGUAGUGACUUACUCACCUGAGAUGAACUCGUCAGGGGUCGGCGAGGAGUGUGUCAUUUGCUUGUCUGAUUUCGUAGCUGGAGAACAGAUAAGGAUGCUUCCAACGUGUAACCAUGGGUUCCACGUUCGUUGUAUUGACAAGUGGCUUACACAACAUAUGACUUGUCCGAAAUGUAGACACUGUCUGGUUGAGACAUGCCAAAAGAUCUUAGGAGACUGUGAUGAAGCUGAUCAGGUUGCAGCAACACCAACGGAGAGCAUAGACGUCAUAGUUGUUCCUCUAGAACCUGAAGCAAGAGUCAACACUUUUAGAGAAAGUAGCUAG